AGAGAAAAAUAAUAUCAGUAAAGCAGAUACAAAAGUGCAGACAUACUCACAUAUUCAUACAUUACAAACACUCAAGACCUGUAACACUGUACUGUUUCCUGCAGGGAUACACGGGCGAAUGAUUAUUAGUGUACAUUUUUAGUCACUUUGCUUCAAGGUUCUGUUUGUAACUCUCAUAAAAUCCCUCUUACUAGUGACGCCGCCCUCUGAGGCCCUUAAGUGAAAAUCCAGUCAACAUCCUGCUAACAUUAGCCAGCUAAAACCCCAACAUCACAGUUUACUUCACUGUUAAGUGCUUUCUGUAACGUCAGGUUUUCUUUGUAGCACCAGUGGGCACUGAACAUAUGACAUGGGGCACUGAAUUUGAUGGAUUUACUGCUCAUCAGACCAAAUUAGCGAGUUAACACAGCCCACUGACACUCUGGCUCAGCCUAUAUGCCGUAGCGUGACGUGCACCUCCCCAGAAAUGUAACUACAUGUUGCAGUGACACAGACCUCCUGUCUAUUUUUGUAAGCUGAAACCAUCCUUUCCCUCAGUGAAAAGAAAGCCUUCAUUUAUUUCAAUUUCAACAUGUCCACCAACCACGGCUUCUUUCCCAAAAUGUCAAACUGAUUUGCACUAAAGAGAUGAUUCAUUUUGCGUUUCCUGUGGAGGCUGAUGAAGAUGAUAUGGCAGAGACAGGCAAUACCAACAGCCUGGCGGAGGGCAGGCCGCAUCCUGAUCCCAAAGGAAAAGGACUCUAGUGACAUCAGCCAGUUUCGCCAAAUCAGUCUCCUGAAUGUUGAGGGCAAAAUCUUUUUCAGCGUUGUGGCUCGCAGGCUGACCACCGCUUCUACAUCGGUGAUGACCCCAUUCCAACUGUGGCAGAGAAACCAAUCAAGAGCCUUGGACGUUGGUACAGUGCAACCCUGAGGGAUAAAGACCAAGUGGAGCAGCUCAGGCAGGACACCACCAGCGGCCUUGAGAGUAUAGACAAGACCAUGCUCCCUGGCAGGUUGAAGCUAUGGUGCCUUCAGUUUGGUCUCCUACCUCGACUGAUGUGGCCUUCUACGAGGCGCCGAUCUCAAAGGUUGACAAGCUUGAGAGGUUGGUCAGCUCAUUCGCCAGGAAAUGGCUAGGCCUUCCCAGGUGCCUCAGCAACAUCGGGCUCUACGGAAAAGGGAUCCUGGAGCUUCCCCUGUCCAGUCUUACAGAGGAGUACAAGACCACCAAAGUAAGAUUGGAGAUGAUGCUGACAGAGUCCCGUGACCCAUGUGUAGCUAAAACUGCUCCCACCCUUGCAACUGGGAGGAAGUGGACGCCAGCUGCAGCUACACAUAAGGCCAAAUCAGCCCUCAAGCACCGGGACAUCGUGGGCCAUGUGCAAAAAGGGAGAGGAGGCCUUGGUCUCGGGGAAAGCCAACCAUCCUGGUACAAGGCAACUCCAGCUCAGUGGCGAGGUCUUGUGGUCGAGGAGGUAUGCCGGCAAGAGCAGGCUGCAAGGUGCGCAAGGGCUGUCUCACAAGGAAAGCAAGGACAGUGGAUGCGUUGGGAAGACAUUGAGAAGCGAAAGAUCUCUUGGAAGGAGUUAUGGGACAUGGAAGCAUUUCGAUCCAGCUUCAUCAUACGUGCCACAUACGAUGUCCUACCAUCUCCUCAGAAUCUUAGCCAAUGGUAUGGAGAAGACCCUACAUGCCCCCUCUGUCCAUCUCCAGCUAACCUGAAGCACAUCUUGAUUGGCUGCAAGACAAGCCUGACACAAGGCCGAUACACCUGGCGGCACAAUCAGGUGCUUAAGUGUCUGACAGCUACGCUGGAGAGCAGACGGAGGGUUGUCAAUGCCCUUCCUCCGCGGUCCUCCCACCCUUCUUCCUCAAGACAGUUUGUCUGCGAAGGUGAGAAGCUACCCAGGACCCGCACACCAACAUCAGAGGCCGGGCAGCUGGGUGCAGCAAGAGACUGGAGGCUCCUCGCUGACCUUGAGCAGAGACUCUACUUCCCAACGGAAAUUGCCACGACCAACCUCAGACCUGACCUUGUGCUCUGGUCCCCUUCAAUACGAAGCGUGUACAUCAUUGAGCUCACAGUGCCCUGGGAGGAUGCUGUGGGCGAGGCCUAUGAGCACAAGAGGCUUAAGUACGCUGAGCUGGCAGCUGAUGCAGAACAACGGGGUUGGAAAGCCACAGUUCUCCCAGUUGAAGUUGGUUGCAGACGUUUCGUCAGCCAGUCAACAACGAGGCUCCUCAAGGAUAUGGGAAUCCGAGGCCAGGCAAAACGUCAAGCCAUCAAAGUCCUGUCCAGAGCAGCUGAAAGGGCCAGUCAGGGGCUCUGGAUCAGGAGGAGAGACAACACCUGGACUCCAAAAUAACAGCAUGCUGUCAUUGGGGGAAUGAGAGGUGGAAGGGACUAAAGUGGAGGGGGGCACACCUGGGACGGCAGAUGAUGCUGCUGAGCCCUCUGAAGGUGUCGUGGGCCUCAUCAACGAAACACCAAAGAAGUAGGGUGCCCACCUGACGACCCCGGUGAAAUCGUUAGCUCCUUCAACCACCCAACCCCGAAAUGUCACCAUCUGUCUCCCAAGUGUCUCGAGGUAUAUGCAAGGAUUGUAACACCUAGUCCUGAACUUGGUAUGUGGUCAGGCGCAAGCUCGGCUCAGUGAGAAGGACGCCCCUGCCAUGCAGAGUCCCCAGUACUCUGGAUCUUAACAUCACAUCCUGUGUAUUUAAAACUAAAAAUUUUGAAAGGUGGAUCCUAAAAGUUCGAAAUAAGAGAUUACGACCAGAGGUUCUUAACAUCACAAAUAAACAUUCAAACAAGAAAUGGAAUAAGGAAAUAAAAAUAUUUGUGCUCAGUCGA